GUGGUCUUGGGGUGUUCUAUGCCGGACAUCCAUGCUACGGCCGGCCGGGUGACAAGACGCUAAAGCAUGCCUGUGUCCACAAAUGUGAGAUGUUGGGGUCUCCAUGCGAUGACGACGAGAUUGCAGAAUUCUUGAAGCGCAUGUUCAACAGCUCAGGCGACUACGAGGAAGUCCACUGGUCUGUACAGGAAGCUUUGAGUGAGCUGCGCCACACGUGGGUGCGAGAGCCUUCUAUCAGCAAUGCCGACCUCAUCGUAUGCGACAGCCUGAGAACACUGUGCUGUGCAGAUGGCACGGGUGAAGCUGCGGAACAAGGGCGAGUCUUGGUGGCCUGCAAUUUCUUCGCAGCCUCGCAGUGCCUCUACCAGACCGGAGUGAGUCUUCGCGUCCGGUUGUCGAACGAGUGGCGCACUACCUGCCAUCUGGGGUGGUUUGGAAAGGUCAAGAAGCAGAUCAUUGGACAGAGGCCACGUGAAAUUGCCAGCUAUCGCGCAACGGUGCUUGUUCCCAACGAUCUGACGGUAUUUGCCUUCAUCGAAGUUUACGCCCUCCGCCACGGCAUGCUCCAUUCUUGUCUGGUGCUGGUGGCGAAGCGGAUCUUCUUGCAUUCCUGUUCUGGCAGCAAACAUCUGAGCUUCACUCCAGACCGCAUGCGGGGUGCUCAGAAAAGAGCACAUGAUCUGAUUCUGCUCGCAUCCCCUGCCAUGAAGGUUCAGCAGUUUAGCAGUAUUCCUGAGCUGAUCGAGCUCGCGGCCACUGUGGAUCUCGAUACGAUCAGCCGAGGGAUGGGCGAGCAUCUCGCGCAGCUCCGAACAACUGCUCUGAACUUCUGGACUGCAACGCUUCAGCGCCUGCAGCACGUGCAAAAGGACGACGGCAAGGUUGAGACCUUCCAGGAAAAUCUUGCUUUGGAGCGGCUGGGCCCGACAAGACCCAUGGCUGCGAUGGCUGCCGUCCUUGAUUGCUCCUCGGAUGAGCACGGGGCUUGGAACGCGUUCCGCCGGGCAUUCCAGAGCAAUGCUGCUUCUGGCUUCAUGAUCGACUGGAAGCUUCAGGCAGAUCUCAUUAGUUUGGGUGUCUCGGGCGAAGUUGUAUUCGAGAAGGCAGAGGUCCUGCAAACUGUGAUGGCAAAGGCACUUUGGGAUGCCAGUAGCGCAGAUCCGGACACGCUGGCUGCUGCGUCGGCUCUGUUUCACCAGGUGUUGAUUGGUGCGGCGCCGCUGGAUUUGGUGAGAACUGCACGUUACUGCCACUAUGGGCUGGUGGCUGCUUUGUAUGUGCUUGCUCGGCACAGCCUGGUAUCUCCCCAGGGCAGCUGGGAGAGUCAGCACUACACUGGGCUGGCAAUGCGCUUCUUGGGCGGCUCUGGAGCACUGGACUUUUUGGAGGAUUCUGCGUGGCCUUUGUCGUCACUGGACAUUGCUUGCUUGCAGAUUUCCUCGCUCUCUUGCCAAGCUGGUGAAUGUGCAAUGGGCCGCUGCCUGGAUUACACUCGCACCCGGACAGCUGUGGAAAGCUUGGUUCCCUGGACGAUCCGCCAAGACAUGCUGUUGAGGGAGCCGGUGAGAGCACCAACAACGUCACUGUCGGGCGUGUGGAAGCUGGCAGUGGUGGGUGCUCAUCCCAGCCUGUGCGCAGACAUUGCGACUGCGGUGCAUGCGGCUUUAAAUGGCCGCUCUCAGCUUGGCCAGUGUCAGAACGACCUCAUUUUUGAGAGAAUUCUGAGCCGCAUGAUGAAUUGGGCAGAGUUCGAAGAGAUGGAUUACAGCGAGGAGGUACUCCGUCACGAGCUUCAAGCAAUUGUGGAGCUGGAGGUCUUUUUGCUGCAAGCCGAUGUGCAAGUGUGCACUGGCCCCUACAUUCUGUGCUACAUGCUGCAGCAAGUCCUGAAAGCUCCCACGGUGGUGUAUGGCGGUUUGGCUCUAACAUAUUUGGCAUCUCCUGAGACGUUGGAACCGCUACUACAGUCCGCACAAGCGACCGCAUUGUCGCACUCAGGCCUUUCUGAUUCUGUUGUGCUUGUGGUGACAGACUUGAUGCGGGCAGCGCAGUUCCAUCAUGCAACUGGCAUUUGGGUUCCAGCGGUUCCUCCACUUUCUUUCUACCAAGAAGCCACUCAUUCAGGACAUGUCACCUCGCAUCCCAGAGCCGUAGCGCUGCGUCCAGAGCUCUGGCGCCGUGCCACAUUUGGCCCUGCUUUCCGUGGCCUGCUCCGGCAAAUACUCCCGGGACCGAAUGCAGUCGUUUUCCAAGCACAUUAUCUACCCCUCAGAACACUUCUCUCUCACGAUGCUGCCUUGAUGAUCCCCUGGGACAAUGACGUCAUGUCCUUCUUCGAGAUCUACCAUGCAGCCAUGCCGCUAAUUCUCCCAAGCCCAAAGCUUAUGGCAAAGUGGCUGCCAGCGGUUCGAUGGGGUUCUCUGGAAUACGACAGAAGCACAGCAAGCGGCAUUCCGAUGUGCAUGGUCGCUUUGGAGCAAGGAAAGCAAGGCCACAAGCGACAAGCUCCGUGGAUGAACCAAUCCAGCUUGGCUGCUGCUCUUGAGGAACAGGCACUGGGAUGGAUAGGGGCCACAGACUAUUAUCGCCUGCCUCAUGUACUCCACUUCGAUUCGGUGGCGUCUAUUGGGACGUUGCUGCAGCAAUCUUUGCUUCGUGAGACCAGCUGGAGAAUGAAGAUUUGGAGCCGGAGAAUCAGAGCCCAUUCUGUGGCUUUCUACCAGCACGUUUUGGUCCACCUGUUUGGGGGGCAGUCCCUUGAAAAAAGCUUGCUGCGACAGAACGGGGCUGAAGCAACAACUUGGCAUGCCUGGAGUGGCGAUUCCUGGCAUCAGCUCCCUCAAGGUGGUACCUGCCGCGAUGGUUUCAUCACACAGGAAGAUUUCCCGCAGGUGGACCCAGCAAUUUCAGCUAAUUUGAGACUUCGCAAGUGCCUCGAGCUUUGCGAUGAGACUGCUGGUUGCAAAGUUGCAGCUUUCAAUGGUCUCACCUGCAUGGUGUAUGACGAGAGCUGUGACUCCUCUGACCUGCGUGGCGAAGGCUCCUUUUGUCUGCCAGUGCAGUGCUGCCUUCCUGUUUCUGUUCGUCACAUCACUGCGUUUCGGUGUGAUGAACACCGCCCGAGCAAGCUCUACAACAAGGCUGUGCAGUCGCUCGAUCUCGGGUUUGCUGCCAUUGCUUUUGCUUUUAUCGCCGCCGGUGUGCUACAGCUUCCCGACACCGCCGCCACCGCCGCCACCGCUGCUGCUGCUGCUGCUGCUGCUGAUGCUGCUGCGGCCUCAUGA